CCCCCUCCUCCGUCUCACGUGAACACCCGCGGGGGGCCGGGACCGCAGCUGCAGCCCCCAUGGGAGACCAGGCAGACUGGAUGUCGCAGCUGUGCCCUCAGCUGUGGGAUGUCCCCCUGCACCACCUGUCCAUCCCAGGGAGCCACGACACGAUGACAUACUGCCUGAACCGUAAGUCUCGGAUCUCCCGUGCAAGUUCGUGGCUACUGCACCUGUUGGGCCGGGUCGUGCCAUUCAUCACCGGACCCGUGGUGAUGAAAUGGUCGGUCACACAGACCCUGGACGUGACGCAGCAGCUGGAUGCGGGUGUGCGGUACCUGGACCUGCGGAUCGCGCAUGCGCCAGAGGGCUCUACACGGAACCUGUGCUUUGUGCACAUGAUGUACACAAAGGCGCUGGUGGAGGACACCUUCACUGAGAUAGCUGAGUGGCUGCAAUCACACCCCCGCGAGGUGGUCAUCUUGGCCUGCAGGAACUUCCAGGGGAUGACAUGUGAGCUGCAUGACUACCUCGUGGGCUGCAUCGUGAACAUUUUUGGAGACAUGCUGUGUCCCAGUGGGGAAGUCCCCACACUGAGGCAGCUGUGGGCACGAGAGCAGCAGGUUAUCGUGUCCUACGAGGAUGAGGCCACAGUCAGUCGCUACGAUCAGCUGUGGCCCGCGAUCCCAUACUGGUGGGGGAAUGCAGUGAAGACUGAUGUGCUGCUGCGGUUCCUGGAGACCAUGAAGGGCCAAGGCCGCCCAGAUGGUCUGUUCGUUGCUGGCAUCAACAUCACUGAGAACCUGUGCUACAUCCUCCUGCACCCAGUGGACUCCCUGGAGGAGAUGACACGCCGCAGCCUCCCCCUCAUGACUGAGUGGGUGUGUGCACAGCAGCCAGGGCAGAGCCCUCACUGCACCAACAUCAUCGCAGGCGACUUCGUGGAUGCAGAUGGCUUCGUGAGUAAGGUCAUCAGCCUGAACCGCAAACUGCUGUCUCCCUAACUGCCACACCCCCAAGACGGGGGUCACCACUUCGGAGAACUUCGUGCAGCCUAGAGACCUUCAGACCCAGCAGGCCAGGGACCCAGAACGUUCUGCUGUCAUGAUGCUGUUGCAGAACACACGGUGGCCACGUAUGUGUCACUUCUGUUCGUAUCACCAGGUGCUCAGGCCUCCAUUGAUGAACGGAUUUUGAACUAACGCACAUAUGCGGAUGUUUUUGUGGUCUCUGGCAGCCCAGGCUAGACCCAGGCCUUGGAAACAGUCUCUGCUCCCAAGGGAAGCUCCAACCCCAGCCACUGAGCACAAGCACCUUUUCCCUUGUAACAGGGACUCUUCCCAGUCACCUAUACAAAGCCAGGCCGGUGAGGGGGACACAGGACAUAUCCUGCUUUAAUAAGUUACUGUCAGUCAAUGUGGGAGGGCAGAAGGGGCGUCAAUGGGGAACAGUUUCCUGAACCGGCCAUAGGCAGCCUGGGUGAUGACGACGGUCACGUGGGCUGCAUCACCCUCCGGCAGCUCCUGCACCUGCUGCACCACCGCCUCCUUAUAGAGCCAGCUGCAGGGACACGCAAAGAUCACCACCAGGCAUGCUGGGAGGUGUCAGGGCAUGCUGAGAGAUGGUACAGGCACGGGUGGGCACCCCCACACGGCUCACCCAAGUUGGGGUCCCCCAAGGCGCACAUGCAUUGUGAGGACCUGCCUGCCUGUGGCACGCAGCACUGACGCCUCCAGAGCGGCCUUCAGCUCGUCUAGCCCGCGCCCUGAGAUUGCAGACACGGCCAGGGCUCCAGAGCAUGGUGGAGUGUACCUGCAGGGGUGGGGGACUUAGGGGAUCACAUGUGGGGUUGGCCAGGAGGGCGGUGUGGGCCACCACCCUGCCCAUCGCACCACACUCACCCCGGUACCAGGUCCACCUUGCUGUGAACCUCCAACGCUGACUCCAGCAGUGCAGGAGGCAGAUGCAGGCCCCGCAGUGUGGACAGGACCGUGGCCUUCUGCAGCUCUGCAUCAGGGUGGCUCACAUCAGUCACAUGCACCAGGACGUCCUGUAUGGGGCGUGGUUGGGGAUAGGAGCAAGAUCAGGCAUCAAGAAGGAGUGCGGUCUAGGGGUGUGGCCAGAGGACAGAAGUGGUCUGCAGACAGAAACUGCCGGGGUAUCAUGUCAUACCCAGGCCUACAAGGAGAGUGACCUGACACUCACAGAGGACCGCACAGAGGACAGGCUCCAACCAUCGGGUCCGGGACACCCACCGAGUAAGCCACGUCCUCCAGCGUGGCAGAGAACGCAUGGAUCAGGCUGUGCGGCAGCUGGGACAGGAAGCCAAUAGUGUCCACGUACAAGAUGCGCAGGCGCGAGGGCAGCAACCCCGCGUGUACGGUGACAUCAAGAGUUGCGAACGGCUGGUCCCGCGGCUGCAAAGCAGACUCACCCGUCAGAGCCUGGAUGAGUGUGGUCUUCCCUGGGAGGGAGCAGGUGAGAACGUGGCACUGUCAGCCCCAGCACUUGCCAUGCCUACACUGGUGCACCCCGGCCUCCCAUGUGGGCCCCUCCCUCCUCACCACAGUUGGUGUAUCCCACCACUGACACCACAGGGAACUCGCGCCGCACCCGCUCCUUCCGCAUCAGCCUCCGCUUAUCCCGCAGCCUCUCAAGGACACGACGGAGCCGCAGCUCCCGGUCCCUGAGUGCGCGGGCACGCAGCUCCGUGGGUGACUCCCCUGGGAGGACAAGAGACUCGGUAUGGGGGCGGGGGAAGGUGAACUGUGGCCCUGUGCAGAACUUCAGGGUCUUCUGUGGGGCAUGAACAUCACAUUCUUGGGGGAAUCCCGCCUGACCUUGCCCCAGACAGGAAACGCAUGAGCAGAUUCUCCCAUGGGGGAAUCACACCAGUCGUUCACAGAAAGACAUACAGGGUCAGCCUGCCUGUCACACAUCCACGAAGCAGUUGGCUCUGAGCAGAUUCUUGUGUAGGUCAAUGUAUAGCAUCCCCAGCCUUGAGCAGGCUGACUCAGACCUGUUAUUCUGACACUGUGAAUGAGACCACCUAGGGUGGAGUCUUCCGGACCUAGAUAGGUCGAUUCUGUCACCUGUGCUGCUCUUCUCCAAGAUGCUAAUAACCCGAGAGGCUGAACCUGUCUUCCUGAGAUAUUCCUGGGAUAGCUGACAAUCUGUUGAAUUAGCGACCUAAUGCUAGCAGCUCUAGCAGACUAAGUGCUAACAACUUGGCAACAAAGCAUCAAGAAGUCUGGGUGGCAGGGAAAUGGGCUUUCCCCCUUUAUAAGCACAGACUCUUAGUAAACACUGGGCCAUGAUCAGAAA